CGGCGAGGAGGGAUGCUGCGAGGAGGGAUGCGCGGGAGCCCAGCCAGGCGCUGGGGGCUCCGCCGCCACAACCGCCUCCGCCUCACAGGGGACAGAGAGACGGAGGUGUCUGAGGGGCGAGGCGGACGUUAAUUCCCCCCUCCGAGCCUUCCCUCCAUCGCUUCGUUUGCCCAGCCGCCCCCUCUCCUCGCCCCUUCCCGGCCGGGUGCGGCCAUUGCGGCCCGCGGGCGGGAGGAUGAUCACCAACACGCGGGGCUUCCUGUGGUCCGACCUGGAGACGCGGGCGCUGCUCGAAAUCUGGGGGGAGGCGGACGUGCAGAGCGCGCUGGACGGCAACUUUCGCAACAGCCAUGUGUACCGGGACGUGGCCUGCCGCCUGGCCGAGCUGGGCUUCGAGCGCACCCCGGAGCAGUGCCGCAUCCGCAUCAAGGGCCUCAAGCGCCAGUACUACCAGGCCCGUGAAGGGCUCAAGAAGAACGGGCACGCCCGCAAGAUCUGCAAGUACUACGACGAGAUGGACCGCAUCCUCAGUUGCCGGCAGGGCGCCGCCGGCCUCGACGGACAUAUUGCCGUCGAGCGGCCUCUGACCCCCGUGGCGGGAGGAGACGGCUGCCACCAACCCGCCGCCGCCAUGGCCGCGCCCCCUUCCGCCGGGCCCGGGAGGCUUCGCAGCAGGCGUGAAGCGGACGCGGAGGAGCAGGACGACGACGACGACGACGAGCUCGAGUCGCCCCCGCGGGACAACUUCCACGAGGACUGCGGCGAGUGCUCCUCCUACGCCGAGCACGCCAUCAAAGUGGAAUGCCCUCCUUUCGCCAUCCCGCUGCCGCCAGCAGAGGGUUUUAAACAAAUUAAUGCUCACACCAAUGCACCACCCUUAUUAUCUCAGGCUAAAAAAUCAAAAAAAAGGCAUGCAAACUUAACACUGGACAAAAUGAUGGAGAAGUUUCUGCAACAAAGCAUGGAUACUGAAGAGAAAUUUUACAAGUAUGAGGAACAGCGGCUUAAAAUUGAAGACAAACGGCGUGAAGCUGAGCAUGCUAGGGAGCUACAAAUGUUGCAGAUGUUGGGACAAAUGUUAGCAGGAAUUUCUUCUACAGUUUCACAGAGGUCACCAUGUAUACCAAGCAGUCCUUCACAGAGAUCAAAUCACAGAUCAUACGGAGAUAAUUUUAGCUAUAAUUCUAUGACAACACCACUCUCUCCACCCCUAGUUAUAGAGCGAUCCUUUUCAGUGCACAAAACACAUUCUAUAAAGGAAAUGGAGAAUAUAUUUCAAUUGGUGCGAAAUGUUAUUCCUCCUCUAACUGCCAAAAAACAUAAAGGCCAAGAUGGACGAAUAGGAAUUGUUGGAGGAUGCCAAGAGUAUACAGGGGCACCGUAUUUUGCUGCAAUUUCAGCUCUCAAAGUGGGUGCAGAUUUAUCCCAUGUAUUUUGUACCAAAGAUGCAGCAACUGUAAUAAAGUCUUACAGCCCAGAGCUGAUUGUUCACCCAGUUCUGGACAGUCCUGAUGCUGUUCAUGAAGUGGAAAAGUGGCUACCGCGACUACACUCAGUUGUCAUAGGACCUGGAUUGGGAAGAGAUGAUAGACUGCUUGAGAAUGCCAAGGGGAUUAUAGAAAAAUCGAAGCUCAAAGGGAUUCCCAUUAUAAUUGAUGCUGUAAGUAUUAUGUUUCCAUUAGUUUGUUUGAUGUUAUUCUUGUCAGUAAAUGUUGUUUCUUACUGUUCUGUGCAGGAUGGUUUAUGGCUGAUUGCCCAACAGCCUUCUCUUAUUCAGGGUUAUCCUCGAGCUAUUCUUACUCCAAAUGCUAUGGAAUUUAGCAGACUCUAUGAAGCUAUGCUUAGAGACCCUGUAGAUAGCAAUGAUCAUCAUGGAUGUCUGCUAAGGCUCAGCCAAGCCUUGGGGAAUUUGACAAUUGUUCAGAAAGGAGAACGAGAUCUGAUUUCAGAUGGAGAGAAGGUGCUUGUAUGUAGCCAUGAGGGAAGUAGCAGAAGAUGUGGUGGACAAGGGGAUCUCCUCUCAGGUUCUCUUGGAGUCCUAGCACACUGGGCCUUCCUUGCUGGCCCAGAAAAAACAAAUGGUCAAAAUCCCUUUCUGGUUGCUGCAUUUGGAGCAUGUUCACUUACAAGGCAGUGCAACAACCAAGCCUUUCAAAAAUGUGGACGAUCUAUGACAGCCUCUGACAUGGUUUUAGAAAUUGGAGCAGCCUUUAAUAAACUCUUUGAAACCUAAGACCAAAGCCACAGAGGAGGAAGAAAAAGGUAACAACACUGACAGCAACAAAAUUACAGUAGGAUAUCCAUGUGUAAUGCACCCAUUUUCAAGUGCUGUUAGUAGUAUUGGUAUACUAGGCAGCUUUUAUUUUUCAAAAUAGAAAAAUGUAGAUAUUUUUUAAUGGAUUUGGAAUACAUUUUGGCUGAAUAAACUGUAGUUGCAGAUGUUAUACUAUAAUAAAACUAAAUUGAAAGUA